UUUGCGGUGUAAGAGUCACAGCUGACAGCUAAACUAACCUCACUUUGUGAAUAGUGUUAAAAUGUACAUAAGAAGUUAAAAUGCAGCAGCCACUUCUCCAUUUCGUCCCCAAACACCACCCACCCUCCAGGUCCGACGUGCAAACCUUCAAGAAUUUCAUCGACAUAACACAGAAACUAUUAGUGCUCACGGGUGCCGGAAUCUCUACCGAAUCCGGGAUCCCGGACUAUCGGUCGGAGGGUGUCGGUUUGUACGCCCGUUCGAAUCACAAACCCGUGCAGUACAAACAGUUCCUCGACUCCGAGGAGGUACGUCGUCGUUACUGGGCCCGAAAUUACGUCGGCUGGGAGCGCUUCUCGAAGGCCCAGCCGAAUUUUGCACACGACUGGUUGAAGGAGUGGGAGGUGGACCGUGGUCGGGUUGGUGCAGUUGUUACACAGAACGUGGAUGGUCUCCACGGUAAGGCGGGUAGUGCUAACGUUAUCGAGCUGCACGGUACUGCGUACAAGGUGAUUUGUCUGAGUUGUAACGAGAGCUACAGCAGGCACAGCGUGCAGCGGACGAUACAAGAGUUGAAUCCGGGGAUGCACGAAGCGACUACGAUGAUUCGACCCGAUGGUGACGUCGAGAUAUCACAAGAGAAGAUAGCGCAGUUUAAACCCCCCGAAUGUCCCCGAUGCAGCGGCGUACUCAAGCCAGACAUCGUAUUCUUCGGCGAUAACAUACCUAAAAGUCGAGUAUCGAGAGUCGAGGCAGCUGUAUGCGAAAGCGAUGGAGUUUUGGUUUUAGGUUCUAGUUUAUCUGUUUAUUCGGCCUAUCGUAUAAUACUGCAGGCCGUGGAUCUUAAGAAGAAAGUUGCGAUUGUUAACAUAGGGAGUACACGGGCCGAUCAUUGUGCUCACUUUAGAAUCUCUGCAAGAUGUGGAGACAUCUUAAGGCAAUUGCAGACUGUUCUUUGAUGUUAAAUGAAUUGUAGUUGCAUAAUUAGUUGUUUGUUGUAAUUUUUGUCGUUCAUUAUUCAAUAGUGAUGAAGUCGGAAAAAAACACCAAUAUCAAUCACACCAACUGAUUUUAUCUAGGGACUUUUGAAGCCCUCUAGUGGUUGUGGAAUAAAGCUUCCAGUUACACCAG